CUUUCCCUAGCCUACCCCCCAUAACAGAGAACCCUGAGGCUAGAGAACCCCGUGUGCCUCUGCGGAGCUGCACGCCAGCAUAGGGGAAGUGAAGCGAAUCCAGGCCGGGAGGUCUGGAUGUUGAGGUGCAACGGGGCUCGGACAGCCUUUACGCGGUUGCUGGUAGGCGUUUGUAGCCUUUCUCCCCGUGGUGUCUAAAUGGAUCGCUCCGCCUAUUUCCUCCCUCCCCCUCCCCCCGCUGCUGAGUCGCAAUGGAAAGUUCCAUUGCCCCUCCGGUCCCAGGCUUGCGUUGCGGGGGACGCAACUAGGUUGCCAGGGAAAGCCCCGGACGUGACGGCGGAGCGCGACCCCAAGCAGCCGCCCAGCUCCCGUCUGUCAUUCCCCUACGCUCUGUCCUUAUUCCUUUCGCCUCCCCCUCCCGGGAGUUCCAAAUCAGGGAGAAGUAAACUGCAGGCGCAGAGAGGCCCUCGGACCCAGGCCAGGUGGGACUUUGCAUUUUCCAGAGGUGGGAGCAUGCUGGGACUCCCGGGGUCGCGGCUCUCCCCGGCGGUGAUCCUGCUGCUGUUGCCGUUCCUGCAGCUGCUGCUGCCCGCGUCCCCAGCUUCCCAUGGCGCCUUCUAUAAGCCGGUCAUUGUGGUGCAUGGGCUCUUUGACAGCUCGUACAGCUUCCGCCACCUGCUGGAAUACAUCAACGAGACACACCCCGGCACUGCGGUGACAGUGCUCGAUCUCUUUGAUGGAAGGGAGAGUCUGCGGCCCCUGUGGGAACAGGUGCAAGGAUUCCGAGAGGCUGUGACCCCCAUCAUGGCAAAGGCCCCUGAAGGGGUGAAUCUCAUCUGUUAUUCACAGGGGGGUUUGGUGUGCCGAGCACUGCUCUCUGUCAUGGAUGACCACAAUGUGGAUACUUUCAUCUCUCUCUCCUCUCCACAAAUGGGACAGUAUGGAGACACAGACUACUUGAAAUGGCUCUUCCCUACUUCCAUGAGGUCUAAUCUCUAUCGGAUUUGCUAUAGCCCCUGGGGUCAGGAAUUCUCCAUUUGCAACUACUGGCAUGACCCUCACCAUGAUGACUUGUACCUCAAUGCCAGCAGUUUCCUUGCCCUGAUCAAUGGGGAGAGAGACCAUCCUAAUGCCACUGCAUGGAGGAAGAACUUUCUUCGUGUGAACCGCCUGGUGCUGAUUGGAGGCCCUGACGAUGGUGUUAUUACCCCCUGGCAGUCCAGCUUCUUUGGUUUCUAUGAUGCAAAUGAGACAGUCUUGGAGAUGGAGGAACAACCGGUUUAUCUUCGGGAUUCUUUUGGGCUGAAGACUCUCUUGGCCCGAGGAGCCAUAGUGAGAUGUCCGAUGGCUGGGAUUACCCACACGACCUGGCACUCCAACCGCACCCUUUAUGAGACCUGCGUUGAACCAUGGCUCUCCUGAGGACAUCCAAUGGAAUCCCACAGGAUCACCCCAGCCCAGAGACCAAGUGGUGGCCUUGGAUAGCAGAUAUCAGGCUUUGGUGUGCCUGUGACCACCUCAUGGCUCCCACACUGCCCCCAAGACCAGGGCUCCCAUGACCCCCUGCUCCUUACUCCUCGGUGAAUGACAAAUCCUGGUCUCUCCCACCUUAUGUCCUCUCAACUGGGGGUUGCUCCAUGCUUUCCCAUCCUCUCAAGGCUGAGGUCAGCAAGAGAGAAACCAGGUUUUUAACAUGUGGCUGUUGCUGCUGCUGCUUCUCCCAUCUCUGGCUGUAUAGGAAGAGAACCCAGCCUCUGCCUACCACAGGGGUCUCCUUCCAGGCCACUCAGGACAUUUUUAGCUUCUUUUCUCACCACGUUCCCUUUUUCUCUGAACUCCCUUGUCAGCCCUCCUAAUGCCCAGGAAGGACUACACAUGAGAAUGGGGCUCUGAGGCUCCCCUAUGGGGAAGCUCUGUUCUUGAAAUGUCAGUGUUGGGGAAUAUCUGUGGCCUGUGAGGCCCAUCUCAGGUUUGGGGAUCCCCCAGUCCCUAUGUUAAGUAUUGGGGUACCCUCUGGGAGCCUAAUUUACUUGAGGCCCCAGUCCCCCUUUUAGCUACCCUUGAAUGGGUGUAUUUAUGGGAAUAAAGUUCCAUUUCCUCA